CUCCAGAAUCCUACAUAUACCUCCUUCAUCUUCUUGAUUCCUGCAUCGAGUCGAAUCAACUCUCGCUAAGAUUCGCAAAAUGGGCAUGGUAUUCGGCAAAAUCUGCGUCGAGACCCCGAAAUGCCAAGUUCUCCACUCCUGCGCCAACUAUGAGAUCCGCCACUACGCCCCCUCCGUCGUCGCCGAGGUCGCCUACACCCCCUCCCAGUUCAAGGGCGACCGCGACGGCGGCUUCACCAUCCUCGCCAACUACAUUGGCGCCUUCGGCAACCCCCAGAACGCCAAGCCCGAGAAGAUCGCCAUGACUACCCCCGUGAUCACCAAGAGCGAGAAGAUCGCGAUGACGACCCCAGUGAUCACCCAAGGACCGCCGAGGGGCGGGCGCGAGGGCAGCGGGGAGGAGGCGGUGACGAUGCGGUUCGUGCUGCCGGCGAAGUACGGGAGGGCAGAGGAGGUGCCGAGGCCACUGGACGAGAGGGUGGUGGUGAGGGAGGAGGAGGGGAGGAAGUACGGGGUGGUGAGGUUCAGCGGGGUGGCGACGGAGGGGGUGACGAGGGAGAAGGCGGAGAGGCUGAGGGAGUGGCUGGAGAGGGACGGGCAUAAGGUGGCGGGGGAGUUCGUGCUGGCCAGGUACAAUCCGCCGUGGACGUUGCCUCCGUUCAGGACCAACGAGGUCAUGAUUCCGAUCGAGUGACGGGACGGUGUGGAAUGGGCAAAGAUGAGGCAGCAGGGGUUUGGCCUUCUGGUGUUAUGUGUUUUCUCUAAUUUUUUGUCUUUUUCGUUAUUUUUCUUGUUCUUUUUCUCAUUUCAAUACAGAAUGUCGAAUAAUCUUUAAACUUGAUUGUAAUUUGACUCAAUAAAGAGUGAGCCUUAAUUCAUGCUUAGUGAUUUCUA